UAAUAGGCCAGAGGACAACUCCACACUUAGGCGCAUCGCACUGUUCUUUGCCACCUUUUGUCGACAGAUAUGUAUUUGUACUUCCUCGUGGGACUAGUAGUGUUCUACUACGUGCACCGCUGGUUCAGGGAGCAGCCCAGGAUCCCUGACAAGAAGGACAAGUAUGUGUACAUCACCGGCUGCGACACAGGUUUUGGAAACCUCCUGGCCCGGCACUUGGACAAGCUGGGCUUCCAAGUCAUUGCUGCCUGCUACACGGAGAAGGGCGAAGAGCAGCUGAGGAAGUGGUGCUCCGAAAACUUGACCACAAUGCACCUAGACGUUCGAUCAAAUGAAAGUGUCACCAAAGUUGCAGCUAUGAUCAAGGAAAAAGUGGGGCAGCGUGGGUUGUGGGCCGUAGUGAACAAUGCAGGUGUGUCCGUCCCCACGGCCCCAUGCGACUGGCUGACCAUCGAUGACUACAAAUCCAUGCUGGACGUCAACCUAAACGGGGUGAUCGCUGUGACUCUAAGCGUCCUGCCACUCAUCAAGCAGGCCAAAGGCAGGGUGGUCAAUGUGGCCAGUGUGUUUGGGAGGGUUAGUCCCACUGGAGGCCCGUACACAGUUUCCAAGUACGGCGUGGAAGCUUUCAACGACAGCCUCAGGCUUAAUAUGGCACCCUUUGGUGUCAAAGUCCUGUGCAUUGAACCGGGCUUCUUUAAAACAAAUGUGACUGAUGCUGCAAUCCUGAGUAAGAAUAUCAAGAUGUUGUGGGAGAAGUUGCCUCAGGAGGUCAGGGACGACUACGGGGAGGAGUACCUUAAGAAAUCGCUAGCGAUCUUAACAGAUAAAGUGGCUAAGAUAGCAGACGCUGACCUGAUGAAGGUGGUCAACUGUAUGGAGCACGCGGUGUCGGCCGUCCAACCUCGUACCCGCUACUCACCGGGAUGGGAUGCCAAGUUGUUCUGGCUGCCACUGUCUUACAUGCCAACCUGCAUCUCCGGCUAUAUUCUGAGCAAAGAAGCCAUUCCAAUUGCUAAGUCGAUGAAAUAAGUGCACUUGAUUGUAGUGAGCGUUUUUACACACCUAUUCUUUCACUACUCGAUUUAGCAGUUGGUAUCAAAAAGAAUUAUUUUUCUCCUCAGAUUACAAAACGUUUUUCUUUUUUUCUGUCUCUCCAUUGCUUAUGCAGUGCCAUAUUGAAGACCUUAUCUGUUCAGGCCAAUGUGCAUGUCCUCAGUGAUAAACCUGUGUGAAAGGUUGUGCGAGAGUGUUCUGAGUUGGGGUCAAUAAAAAGCAUUCCAUGCAGCAUGAUCACUAGUUACAAAGUAAAGUUUUAACCUGCAAACUACUCUUACAAAAAAAAAAAAAAU